AUGUUGCUGUUCUUACUAUUGAUUCAAAUUUUUAUUUUUCCGGCAGCAACUCAGUUUGGUUGUGCCAAUGAGUUGAGUUUUGGGAAAUCGUGUCUGCAGAACAAAACUUCCACAAAGGUAUCCGGCAGUAUUCAUUCGUCUAAUCAUACUAUUUUUAGUGGUAUUAUGAUUCUAGAUUGACAUUCUGUUACCCAUACCAGUUCCUUGGAUGUGAUGAAGGACCGAAUUCCUUUGCGUCUCAAGACCAGUGUCUGGAACUAUGCAAACCAGGUAACGGUCCAAAUGUCCAGACUCGUUAACCCGCCCCUAUUCUGGUGAUCAGAGCUCGUUCAAUAUCCCGGAAAUACCUAAAUUAUGUUUUCAGCUGACCAAUUCUCCUGCGGUGGCAAUACGGACGCCGAUGGAGUCUGCUUUUCCCCACAAGAUCAAGGUUGUAAGAAAUCGACUGUCUGCGUAAUGGGAGGAACCGUCGGUUUCUGUUGUGAAAAGAAAAUUCAAGGUUUGAGCCCACAAAAAAGUUCAAGAAAACAUUGUUUCUAAAAUUGGAAUUUUUCGCAUACAUGCGUCAUUCUAAUGACAUGCCACCUAAAAACUUUGGCGAUUUUUCGCGUCGCUUCCAGUCUGCCCUUAUUUUCCACUUGAUCUCAUUUCAGAUGAGUGGAACAAAGAGCACACACCGAAAUGUGUGAAAGGAGAGGCGGUUCAGUUCACCCAGUGGUUUGGGAAAACGCCGUUAAUUGGCAGAAGUUGUUCUCAUAAGUGAGUGCAGCUGAAUUGUGCAAAAGCAAAAUUUCUAUUCGUCAUUUAAUUUUUUAGUUUCUGCCCAACCGGUUCGACCUGCGUUCAAGGCAAGUGGACUGCUCAUUGCUGUCAGUGA